AUCAUUACACAGACUAGUCUAGAAAGAGCAUAAGGAAGAAGCGCCGCCCUCUCCUUCCUGCCUUUCCCAUGACGGAUUCGCCGGCGUAAACCACCCUCCCUCCUCUUGCGAAAAAGCUAAUGCCCUUAGUACAGUCUGAGAGAGAGAGAGAGAAACCGCAGAUUAGGAUGAGAGCGCCGGUCAAACAGACAGGUCGCAAUUACAGGAACGCUCAAAGAUUCUUCGUGGCUGCUUCCAGUGUUAACACCGGAGGGACGAAGCGAGUGCAGCAGGUUGUCUGGACCUCGGGGAAGAGAACGCUGGAAUUAUAACUAGGACCAUAUUUAUGAAUGACAAACUAACAACGCAAAAGCAAUCGCUGAUAACCGACGUCUGAAGGGCACCCGGGGUGGGGGGACUUCAAAGACACAAAGAACAGCCGAGGAGCGAUGUGUGAAAGGGAGUUGCGGCACCUGACAACCGUGUGUGCCGUCCUGGUGACGCUGCACGCUCAGGUUCUGCUGGCUGCUGGCAGCUUUGAGUUGCAGAUCAAGCAGGUGCAGAACCGCAAUGGAGUGCUGUGGAGCGGGGAGUGCUGCGGCGGAGCAUCCACCAGGGGGCGCUGUUCGCUGGGCGAUCAGUGCAACACCUUCUUCCGGGUCUGUCUCAAGGAGUACCAGCUGAGAGUGGCCGCCACGGGUCCCUGCAUCUUCGGCACGGGGGCCACGUCUGUCCUGGGUGGGAACAGCUUCUCUCUGAGACACCGGCCUCACAGUGAGCGCACAGCGCGCAUUCUCAUCCCCUUCCAGUACGCCUGGCCGAGAUCGUACUCCCUGAUCCUGGAAGCUCUGGACUAUGAUAACAGCACCUCCGGGCCAGCUCUGGAGCAGCUGAUCGAGCGGGUGACUCACUCGGGGAUGCUGAACCCCGGCGAGUGGCAGCCCCUGCGUCACCACGGCCGAGUCGCCAGCGUGGAAUACAAGGUGCGCGUCCACUGCGCCGAGAACUACUUCGGGCCGUUCUGCAACAAGUUCUGCCGGGCUCGCGAUGACUUCUUCGGGCACCAUGUCUGCGACGCCGGGGGCAACAGGGUCUGCAGCGAGGGCUGGAUGGGAGCGGAGUGCCGGCAAGCUAUUUGCAAGCAAGGCUGUCACCCGGUGCAUGGGUACUGCAAGCAGCCUGGAGAGUGCAGGUGUCACUAUGGCUGGCAGGGCCCGAACUGUGAGGAGUGUGUCACAUUCCCGGGCUGUGUGCAUGGCUCCUGCACCGAGCCCUGGAAAUGCGUGUGCGACACCAACUGGGGAGGCCUGCUCUGCAACAAGGAUCUGAAUUACUGCGGCACUCACCAGCCCUGUCUGAACAGGGGUACUUGUGUCAACACUGAGCCCAACGAGUACCAGUGUACCUGUGAGGAGGGCUUCCGGGGCCGGACCUGCGAGAUCGUGGAGCAUGCCUGUCUGUCCAGCCCCUGUGCUAAUGGAAGCACCUGCGUUGAAGACUCUUCUGGAUUCCAGUGCCUGUGUCCUGCGGGCUGGAGUGGACCCACCUGCACGGAGGACACAGACGAGUGCGUGCCCAGCCCCUGUGCCCACGGAGGGACUUGCCAGGACCUGCACAAUGGAUUUCAGUGCAGCUGCCCACCACAGUGGACUGGCAAGACCUGCCAGCUGGACGCUGAUGAGUGUGAGCUGCAGCUGUGUGUGAACGCGCUGGCCUGCAGGAAUCUCAUUGGAGGAUAUUUCUGUGACUGCGCUCCAGGGUGGAGCGGACAGAACUGUGACAUGCGGAACGAUCCCUGCCCUGGAGAGUGCCAGCAUGGGGGGCAGUGUGAGGACUCGCCGCAUGGCUACAGAUGUCACUGCCUGCCGAGAUACACAGGGCUGUACUGCCAGACCAGGCUGGGUGAAUGUGCUAGCGCCCCCUGCCUGAACGGAGGUCUCUGUACAGACCUGGAGGUUGGAUUCCUGUGCCACUGUGCAAUGGGUUUCACUGGCAAACACUGCGAGGUGGUGCUGGACCUGUGCAGUUCCAACCCUUGCCAGCAGGAGUCGCUGUGCCAGAGCACCGAAGGUGGCUAUCUGUGUGCCUGUCCCGAGGGCUACGAAGGCAAGGACUGCAUGAGCCUGAAGGACCCCUGCCAUGGAGCGCACUGCCAAGGCUCCAGGGGCACCCUGUAUCUGAUCAUCAUCCUGCUGUCAGUGCUAGCAGUCCUGGUCAUCUCUCUCUGCGUCUUUCUGAUCGUCCGUCAUCAUCGCCGGAGAAAGGACUGUCAACACAGCCCGCCCGACGAGAGCAUCAACAACCAACGCGAGUACAUCAAUCUGAUCAGAAACCUGCCCAAACCUGAGGAGAUCGAGCUAGCCCUGCCACCACCCACCUCUGCAUCCCUCCCCGAGAAGAAGCUCCUGAUGCAGGGCCCCGAGGUGCCCAAAGUGGAUAUCUCCAACCUGGAGCGUGAGAAACUCAACCACUUCCACUGCCCGGACUGGGAGGAGCUGGAGGUGUGAGCACCCCUGCCAGGCAGGCAGGCAGGCAGGCAGGCAGGCAGGGUAGCGGGGACCGCAGACACCAGUCAUGUUGCUAGCACACACCCGUUCAGAAAGAGUUUCUGACUGAGGAAUCUGCCAUUGACAGACCCAGGAUGUACGUUUCACAACUGAUGGGAGAUGUAUCUGGUUCCUCAUUAGUAAUUGCAGGUAGCUAGCAAGUGUUACGCAUAGUUAGGGCUUUAACUGUUUUGUAUUUUUUUUGUGAUCAAGCUGUGCUGCUUCCGCACGUGGACCUGUGGUUGGAUGGUGCUUUACUGGUCAAGAAACUGACAUCCGUGCAGGAUUGAAACAGGCAGGCAUGCUUUACUGCUAGCUUGACCCCGCGUGUUUGAAAGCCAACACUCUGCUGUGUGAAGUAGGUGUGUGAAGCCAUUAAGCACUGCUAGAGGCCCUGCUUGUUUAAUUUCAGAGCGUUUUUUAUAUUUAGUUUUAAAACCUGUAUUUUGAAAAAUUCAACCGAGAAAUAUUAACUACCAGUGGGGCACCUAUAUUGGUAAGGUUCAUUUUUAAAAUCAAUUUUAUUUCAAGUGAGAUUUGCUUAUCAGGGUAAUAUGUUUUGUAGUGUUCUCUCAUAAAAGGCAAACAGAGCCUGGGUCUCUAUUUUCACCCUACCCUACAAGAAGUGCACUUUGAUGGGCAUCUUGUAGGGGUGUCCAGGGGAGCGCAUUUGCUUCUUAAACGUAUGCGUAAAACUAAUUGUGAGGCUAAAACCAGUUAUUGUGAACAAUAUUUAGAAUUAAAAAGUAAUUCUCGUCAAUAUUACAGAAUUUUGUCUUCUAGAAUGUGUAUCACUGUGUAUUCAAAUCUAGCUGCACUUCCAUGAGCUACACAGGUCUGAAAUGUGCAGUUUUGAAAGAAACACAUUUUAUAGUUCUCAGUUUCUAUGCCUUAUCUGUUACACUUCCUGGGUCAUUUCACCUCAGCCGUGUCUUCUGGUUCAUGUUGCUGCUGGCAGGUCAGUCAAUUUAGCAAGCAGCUGGUUGGUUAAUGACAGGAAAGAAGCCAUUGAAGGGGUCGGAUCAAUUCUCCACAUGUAAGAGGGAGUCAGGGAGCAUGGUGCUUGUCCACUAGAGGGAAUCAGGAAGUUUAAGUAUGGUAAGUGCAUAGCAUAGCAAUGGCAAAAGCAUGGACAAACAAAAAGGGUAGAAAAUCCUAAAUAGUAGAGAUAACGUUAACCCAAGACACUACUUCAGAUUUAGCAUAGGGACCAGGACAAGAGGGUGUGACUGGAAGUCUAGCAGGUAUCAGGAAUAACACAGGGAACAUUAAAAAACAAUUCAUUCUGCCCUAUUAGAUGAGAUGCCCCCAGUGGGGUGAACGUUGUGUAGGAAGAGACGAACCAUGGUGGGCUGAACGUCUGCUCAUCCCAAACUACUGCAGGGAAUCUGUUUUCAUUCUACAGUCGUGUCAAGUGACUUCCAAUGUCUGUUGCUUUUUAGCGCACCCCUGUCUGUUUUAGCAUGUUUGCAAACAUUCUGGGUCUUUCUGGGUUCAGUUGAUCCAAUAUUGAGUCAUUAUCGUUCUCUAAAGCUGCCUUUACCUGGCUUUAAGCUGCUUGGAGCUUGUCUGGAGAAUCCAAAAUGCCAGGACUCAAAUCAUGUAAUCUCUCAACACCUGUGGGUCCAGUUGAAAAGUGACAUUGUCACAUGAUUUGAAUGGUGGAAGGCUGUUCAGUCCUGGGACUUGAUCAGGUAAUCAGUAUGGGAGCAGUAGAGCACAGUACCUCUCUGAAUGAUUGAAUAGAAAAUGUGAAACAGCAAUUAAAAUGACAUGUGAAGCUACCUGCUCCGAAUGGCACAGAUAUAUUGCAGAAUUGUGCAGCUUACUGCAGUGUAUCCCUUGUUAACAGUUGCUCAAGCUAACCUUAAUAGUUCUCUUGGUUACUAACUAGGUGACUAUCUUCCUGCUUCAGUUUGAAACUAUGUUAUAUAAAAACUAUAACCAAGCGACCCAGCCCUCCUCUAUCAACAAGUUUGUGCUUGAACACAUUCCUGCUCAAGAUGUAUGAUUUUUCUAUUUCUGUGUAAAUACUACUUUUGUUGUAAAUGAUGUACAUAUUUAUAUUUGGUCUUUUAUUGAACAUUUUUUGUACUAUGCUAAUGUCUCUGUUUUUUUGAUGUUGCUUUUUGUUCAUCGGUGUGAAUUGUAAUAAAACGUUUUCAAAUGA